CACCCACCGCUAUUUCGACGUCCGCAUACGCCUGCCCUCGGCGUGUAAAUUUUCCUGUGCACAGGAAAAUUGCAUUGAGUUGGUCUUUAUUCUACGACCAUGCUAUGAGCCGUGUGUGAACCGCGACUUGAGUCGUGUGUUGUUGUGACAUGAAACUGUUCCUACGGUUAAUUUACCGGUGGAUGUCCUUCUAGUCGCGCUUCCUCGCAAAAAAGUGUUCCCUGUUUCGUUCACGCCGGUACUGGUGGUUAUUACGAGUAAAACUCUGGUCAAAGCGGCCCCGCGGCUAGUCGUUUGGCGUCGUCGACGCACCAUUCGACCGGUUUAUUUCGAGAAACUGGACCGCCACGUUACGGCUGCGUUACGGUGUGGAGCUGUGUAGAUUUCGGUGGAGCUCAUCUUUCCUGGUCGACACAGGCGCGUGUCCGACAAUGCUGCGACGCCUUCCCAGCGUGCUGGCGACCUCCGCUGUCGAAGCGAACCGCGGGAUCAUGUCGCUACGAAGCAAUCGCUGCCUCAGCAGCCGCGGCGGAGACGUUGAGUGGGAGCGUAAGAAGAAACCGACGCUCGGCAACCCGAGUGACGACUACGUGGCCAUCGACUCGGCGCCCAACGUGCUCGAGAAGGCGGGCUCGCUCUUCAAGGGAUUGAGCAUCGAUUUCGCGGCCUCCUUGCAAAAGAUGCCGGCCUACUUCACGCGGGAAUCUGCCUUCGAGCGCAAGCUGUAUCGAGAAAAGAUGCGGCGUCUGUCUGGCCAAAAAUUCUUUGCAGAGCGCCACGGUAUCCUGGGCGCCGAUCUAGCAGCUGCAUCGUUCCUCAUCUUCCGAGGAGCACUUGUCAAGUUCCACGGUAACGACGAGUGGUUCAAGAAGCAGAAGGAUGAUGAAACGGGCCUUCCCGUGAAGUACGAGCCGGGCUGGGUCGUCGAAGCCAUCGAUGCCGCAAACGCCGAGCUCUAUUACGAGGGCUUGGACAAUCUUAUGUGUCUCGAGGGUUUGAAGGCUCUCCGGCUGGCUGGAAAUCCAAACGUUGACGACUGGUUUCUGGACAGACUGAGCCAGUUCAAGGAGACCUUAGAACAUCUGGACAUAUCUGGGUGCCCCCAGAUCACUGAGCAUGGCUUGGCUGUUCUCUACAGGCUGAGGAAGUUGAAGACCAUAACACUGGGCCACCUGUCUCAUAUCAAAAACCUCAAGCUGGUUGGCUUGAUGCUGGAGGACGCCAUACCUGGCUGCAAAGUACUUGGCAUCAAUUAUUUCGAAUCGGACACGUCAUCUGAGCAGGCGAAGGAGCCGUCAUCCAGAGAAGCCCACCUGAAGCCACAGGUGCAACCAUUUCCAUCGGCAGAAAAAACGGAAAACAAUUUUAAAGGUUCAGAGACAAGAGCUGUUAAGCAGAGCACAUAGAAAAGCUUAAGCAGUGUACAUAUUAGAAAAAAAAUGCGAAAUUAAAAUUUCUCUUUGUUGAA